UAGGUCAAUCUCAUAUUCCUGGGAACAAUAGUGUGGGUGCUGAUAACCAAGCUACGGGCGUCAAAUAGCUUAGAAACCAGGCAUUCCAGGAAGGCCGUCAAGGCCACUCUGAUUUUAAUGCCGCUAGUCGGCGCCACGUAUAUGCUGUUCCUGUACCCACCGAGCAAUGAUCCUAUCACAACCAAAGUGUUUAGGUAUACCAAUGCCUUCUUGCAGUCCACACAGGGAUUCUUCGUCGCUUUGUUUUACUGUUUCUUUAACGGGGAGGUUCAGAAUGCUUUGAAACGAAAGUUCUCAAGAUGGCAAGACGACAGAAAUAUAAUCAACUCUACGCGGUGGACACGAACAUCAAUGGACAAAGGCGAAGCAAGGACGAGUCUCUGUGUGAACAACGACCAGCUGCUGCCUCUAAAUGAAAAACGAAAGCAAACUGAACUGAGACACAGCACAGCCCCAGAUCGAGACCGCAAUGGAAACAAAGCGAAUGGUCACGUGACCGUUACCGUGGAAAUGGAUAUCGAAAGCUCCAAACCUUUGAUUGGUGGUUCUGAGACUGUCGCUAAUCUUUGAGCUACUACCUGAUAUUGUGUAACGCUGGUUCUGCAGAACAAAACGUUGAUCGGUUCACUAGGUACAGACGGUAACAGACAUUAGAUCUACCGCCAAGUACAAAUUACUGAUUCUGCACCAAAUGGUAGAGGACAAGCCUGUGAGUUGGCGGGAAAAUGGUCAUCAAGAAGUAACUGCUACAAAUAUUUGAUUCGCCGCCAGAAAUUUUGCUACAUUAUUCAAAAUGAUGUACAAUAAGAAACGCUACUGACUGUGGUUUAGUCUUCGGGUGUGUGCAGCUGCACAUAAUCGAAAUGCGCGGUUCAGUACAAAAACACGCCUAUUACACAAGUCUCAGGAUGUUUACAUGGUUGCCACUAUUUCAAUACUCGGAGUGCAUGGUUCUGUUGUUUAACAUGUUAUGAACAGAUACAACGACGGGACUAAAGGCAAAAAUAGCGUAUAUUAGGCUACGCAAAAACGCUAAGCUUUGACAACCUGUUGUUUUUACGAAUUUAAGGUACAUAUAGUACAUUUCAAGGCUACUUAAUGUUUUUGAAAAUCAGUUUUUCUUGAUGUGAAAAGUACGUUUUGUUAUACGCUGGAAUUCGAAAAUGUGCAGACUGGACCAUAUAGUACCGGAGUUAGUGUUGUGAGUUUUGCUUUAAAUGGUUAUGAUAUUCUAUUGAUAGACAAGAAAAGAAAAGUGAAACUUUGCCUUUUUGUUUUAUCCACCAACGUUGCCGUUGACCGGAGAGAUUUGAUUACAGACAGAAAAGUCAACAUCAUUAGCAAAGUUAUUAAGUCUGCGACAAGCUUACAACUCUCUCUUAGUUGAAAAAAAUAUAUAGAACAUGGACGACCGUGAUGGCCACAAGGCACGUAUAGAAGCCAUAUUGCUUUACAUAAUUUUUAAUAUUUUUUCCCACUAUGUUCAACAGAGAUGUUUAUUUAAACAUUUGAGGUAUUGUCUAGGUUCACAAUCAAAUCCGUUUCCUAGAACAAAUUUGAUUCAACAAGUGGACCUGUUCCCAAAGAACUGUAAGAAAUUAAAGAUUUUGGAAUAGGACAAAUAAUAGUCCAGUGUCAUACGUGUUAUUAAGGAGAGCGUCAGUUUGUAAAUACCGGGGGAUAGUGGCCGAAUGUAGCCGAGAUGUAAUGUUAAAUGUUCUUGUAGUAAAAUAAAAUCUGUUCGUUAUUUAUAACACA